CUUAAAUUUCUCAAAUCACACACACACUCUCUUAGCCAUCUCACACUCUAUAUUCCCCCAUCUUGAUUGAGGGUUCUAAACUAUUGCAGCCUCAGCCGGGGCCCCUUUUCACCUCCAACAUCGUCGGCGGAUCUCACUACAAGCAUCCCAAUGGCUUCUUCAUCUGCCCCACAACACUCUUCUCCUCCGCCCUCUUCCUCUUCUUCGAGUACCUACUACGAGAUUCCAUGGGUCGAGAAGUACCGCCCCACUAAAGUUGCCGACGUGGUCGGCAACACAGAUGCAGUCUCCCGUCUCCAAGUCAUCGCGCGCGACGGAAAUAUGCCUAACAUCAUUCUAUCGGGCCCUCCUGGAACUGGGAAGACGACAAGCAUCCUAGCCCUUGCCCAUGAGCUGUUAGGGCCUCACUGCAGGGAGGCUGUUCUCGAAUUGAACGCGUCAGACGAUAGGGGGAUUGAUGUCGUGAGAAAUAGGAUCAAGAUGUUUGCUCAAAAAAAGGUGACUCUGCCACCCGGAAGGCACAAGCUUAUAAUUCUUGAUGAGGCUGACAGCAUGACAUCUGGUGCUCAGCAAGCUCUGAGGAGAACGAUGGAGAUAUACUCGAAUACUACUAGGUUUGCUCUUGCAUGCAAUACUUCAUCUAAGAUCAUCGAGCCCAUCCAGAGUAGAUGUGCACUUGUUCGUUUCUCGAGGUUAUCUGAUCAAGAGAUCCUUAGCCGUCUUCUCACAGUCCUUGAAGCUGAGAAGGUAAUGGAAAGAUUUUGUAUUGGGACAUGAAUUCAUAUUCAUAUUAAUUCUUAAA